AUGCGUGAAAAAGAAUUGCUCAAACAGGGUCCAUUAUCAAUUGCAGACGUUAAGUACGAUGCAUUCGUUGAAAUAUUAUAUUUUUUAUAUACAGGAACAUUCCAUACAAAUUUAUCCUUCGAUCUAUAUAUAGAUUGUAUGAUAUAUUCUGAUCGCAUCAAUUUGACCGGUGCAAAAAAUGCAUCAUUAGAACAAGUAUGCUACCAUUUAAGAACAAAUCAUGAUCAUAUAAUAUCAGCGUACACAUUUGCUAAACAAUACUCUCCCACAUUUGAUCAACUUAUUGAGUAUAUCUACGAUUUAUGUUCUGAAUAUAUGUUAGAAGUAUUUAAUCAGAAAGCUUUCGUUGAUCUCGAGAAAGAUUUAAUGAUUAAUUUAAUAAGAAAAUGUGCCGAACGACGAGAGAAUAAAGAGAAAGACAAACAAAAUACAAUCCCAUCAGCUGCAGAAAACCUUCUUCGAGGAGGUGGUGGCGGCGGCGGUGGUGGCUAG